AUGGUGGCGAAAGACAGCCGUCUGUUGGCCACAGCACUUCCGUAUCUCCAGAUAUUUACCGUGCUCGCCUUGACGCUGCCACCACAAAGUUUCGUCAGUACCACACGUGGGCGACUUAGAUGGUACCUGAUGGGCGGAUAUGUGUGCUAUGCAGCUUCGAUCGUCGUGCUGGUGCUGGUCGUGUCCUAUUUGAACAUUGUAGCCAUAAACGAGGAGGUGCUGGACUACAAUGCGGGGGACUUUACCAGGGUCAUCGGCAACAUACAAAAGGCCCUGUACUCCUUGAUGGCCAUCGCCAACCAACUGAACUUGCUGGUCAACUACCGUCGGCUGGGAGGAAUCUAUGAGGAAAUCGCGAGUCUGGAGAGGGAAAUAGACCAGGCCUCGCAGUGCUUCGGUGGACAGAGGCAGCGGCACAGUUUCCGAUUUCGUUUGGCCGUCAGUGUGGGCUUGUGGAUGGUCCUGCUGGUGGGCUUGAUGCCCCGACUCACUCUACUGGCCAUGGGCCCUUAUGUCAGCUGGCCGAGUAAGGUCCUCACCGAGUUUGUCAUGAUAAUGCAGCAGCUCAAGGGUCUGGAGUACUGCGUGUUCGUGCUGGUGCUCCACGAGUUGGUGCUGCGAUUGCGCCACACACUCCUCCAGCUGCAGGAGGAGCUGGAGGACUGCCAUCAGCAGGACAUGCUCCAAGCAGUAUGUGUUGCCCUAAAGCGAAACCAGUUGCUCAUGGGGCGCAUUUGGAGACUGGAGGGCGAACUGGCUAGCUACUUCUCCCUGCCCAUGAUACUGCUGUUCAUCUUCAACGGACUUACCAUCGUGCAUGUGGUCAACUGGGCCUACAUCGAUGCGUUCCUUGAUACUGAUUGCUCCGGUCUUGACCGAUUCUGCACUUGCUUUAUGCUGCUGAUGAACCUUCUCAUUGCCUGCCUUCUAAGCCAGCGCUGUAUCAACACUUACAACUGCUUCCCACGAAUCCUUCAUCAAAUCCGAUGCACGUCUGCAGCAUCUGACUUCCCUAUGUUGGGCAGAGGACUGCGGGAGUACUCCCUGCAGUUGCAGCACCUCAAGCUACUUUUCACCUGCGGAGGAUUCUUCGACAUCAAUUUAAAAUACUUUGGGGGGAUGCUGGUCACCAUUCUGGGCUACACCAUAAUUCUGAUACAGUUCAAAGUCCAGGACAUUGCGGAGAAAAAAUAUAAAGCUGUAACAAAUUGA